AAUUUUGUCGCCUUUUUGCUUGACCUUUUCAUCGUGUCUUUUUCCCUCCCAUUCUUCUCUCUAAAAAAAAUAGAAAAAAAAUAGUCCCAACUUUCCGGCAACCGGCAAUCUUUUUUCCGGCAAUGUCGGACGACAGUGUAUCCGCUCCUCUGUUACACCACGCGCCUGAGCCUCACGUGAUCCUCACCGUGGACGACGAUCAACAAUUAUCAAACGGAGAUACCCAUAUUUCUGACGUGGAUGAUAAUAACAACCCAUAUGUGUUUCUUGGAGCGGAUUGGUUCGAUAUGCCUGGAUCCAGUAGUACUGUUGACCCUUUUAGGAAUAAUACGCCUAGAGUUGAAGGGUUAUAUGAAUGGUUGAAGAUUGUCGUGUGUGUCCCUAUUGCUUUGGUCAGGUUGUUGCUUUUUGGAUUGUCUUUGUGUGUUGGUUAUGUUGCUACUAAGGCUGCUUUGUAUCGUUGGAAAGAUAGACAUAAUCCUAUGCCUAAAUGGAGAUCAAGAUUGAUGUGUGUUACUCGAUUUGCCACGCGUACUAUCCUCUUCUCUUUCGGGUACCAUUGGAUAAGACGAAAAGGAAAACCCGCACCAAGGGAGAUAGCUCCCGUUGUUGUAUCUAAUCAUGUAUCAUACAUAGAUCCUAUCUUCUUUUUCUAUGAGUUGUUUCCUACCAUUGUUGCUUCUGAGUCCCAUGAUUCCAUGCCUUUCGUCGGGACCAUCAUUAGAGCUAUGCAGGUGAUAUAUGUUAAUAGAUUUUCUCCCACUUCAAGGAAGCAUGCUGUUGAUGAAAUAAAGAGAAAGGCUUCUUGCGAUCAAUUUCCCCGAGUGCUUUUAUUUCCUGAAGGGACUACAACCAAUGGAAGAGCGAUUAUUUCAUUUCAACUUGGUGCAUUUAUCCCAGGAUAUCCUAUCCAGCCUGUUAUUGUGCGCUAUCCCCACGUACACUUUGAUCAAUCAUGGGGGAAUGUUUCCCUAGCAAUGCUGAUGUUUAGAAUGUUCACACAGUUCCACAAUUUCAUGGAGGUUGAGUACCUUCCUGUUAUAUCACCUCAUGAGAAUCGGAAAGAAAAUGCUGUACGGUUUGCUCAAAGGACUGGAAAUGCUAUUGCAAGUGCGCUUAAUGUUGUACAAACAUCUCAUUCUUAUGGCGAUGUACUGCUUCUUGGUAAAGCAUUGGAGGCCAAUCAGGAAAAUCCCUCGCUCUAUAUGGUUGAGAUGGCAGCUCUCGAAGCGGAAUUUCAUUUGAGCACUUUGGAGGCUUUAGAUUUUCUGGAUGUUUUCCUUUCAAUGAACCCAGACUCCAGGGGACAGGUCGAGAUUCAUGACUUCCUCAAGGUUUUAAGACUGAAACCGUGUACUCUUUCUGAAAAAAUAUUUGGCUUCAUUGACGUGGAGAAAAACGGUAAAAUAACAUUCAAGCAGUUUUUGGUUGGGUCAGCUCAUAUCUUGAAGCAGCCAUUAUUUCAUCAAGCCUGUGAAUCAGCCUUUACUUCAUGUGAUGUUGAUGGGAAGAACUACAUUCUGGAGCAAGAGUUUGGGAAUUCUCUUAUGCUAUUGAUUCCUGGCUUGAGUAACAAUGAGAUACGUGGAAUCUUCACCUUAUUUGACGCAGAUCGCGAUGGGAAGAUCAGCAAGGACGAUUUUAUCGCCUGCUUAAGAAGAUAUCCUUUGUUGAUUGCCCUUUUCUCACCAUGUGUAUUGCAACAAAGUUGCCCAUAGCAAGGUCACCAGUAUGGAGAAGUGAACUAGGUUGAUGGGCAGAGGCACCAUCAAUUGGUGGAGAAUCCUCUACCACAGAUGUCUAAGAAAUUUUUGUUGCUUAGAUAGUGUGUUUAUCCUUACAAACAUGACUUGGGUGUUAUUUAUAUCCCAUUUGAAUAGUAGAGUUCUUUGGCCAAUGGAUGCAGUGCCUUUAUUUUUUCUUUUAUUUUUAAGUUUCGCUUCAGUUGCUCGAGGGAGGUGAAAGUAAAAAUCUAGGUUCAUGACUUGUAUUAAUUUGUAAACUACACUGCAAAAGCAAAUGAAAUUGUGUACUAUAUUA